UAUUCCACUGACACGACUAAAUAUUUCACAGAAUAUUAUCCAGUAAAAAUAAGUCUGCCUUAAGUGGAUUUUGAAUUAGAGGAACUCAGAAUUUAUGACAAGAACUAACGUGAAGGAAAAGAUCUGUUGUAGCGAUAUUCUUCCUUUUUGUUUGGGAAAUAAUGCAAUAUAAUAAAUAUAUAAAAAGCUUAUUCUAAUACUUUUUAACGCAAAACUAAUUGUAUUCUGUUUUAAAUUCUAAAAUUAACAGAAAUAUGUGAACACCCAACUUGGAACUAUUGAAAUUAUGUAAAGUUGUAAAAUCAAUAAGGAUUAUUGGUAAUUUAUUUAUGGAAAAACAAGUGUAAGCCUGAACGUUUUUUUUUCAUAUAAAUAGCAACGAUAAUAAGCUCAUUAACUUUUUAUUAAAAUGAUGAGUUCUACCAAAUAGAAGUUCAGCUAGUUCGAUUGAAAUGUUAAGUACUGAACAUUUAACAGAUGGCAUGUUACAAGUAUGAUAAUUACAACAGAUGUUUAUAGCAUGUCAACGUAUCGACCGAGAUAGAUUUACGGGACAAGAAAUUACAAACAGGAUCAAAGUGAAUUGAAAUGAACAUCAAAAUUGACUGGUUACUGGGUUUCUUGGUCUGUUUGAAUAUUUCUACAAGAGGAAAAUGUUUACAGUGCUGGAAGUGCAUUUCUGACGACUGUGAGACAGACCCAGAACUGAAUAUCAGAGCUGUUAAAGUCAACUGUAAAGAUGGAGAACAGUGUAUGAAGGUUCGUUACAAAAUGUUUGACAACGUAACACAUUAUGACACUGUCGUACGAACAUGUACAAACAGCCUGUGUACUACUCCAUCAGUUGAUGAGUUCUUUAAAUGUGUGGCGACACCAAAGCUGUACAUGAUUGGAGGAUGUUCACUGCGCUCUUGUUGUAACGAUCGUGAUCUGUGCAAUUCAGCAAGUAAUGAAUAUGUAACUUCACUAAUUUUUGCGCUUUGGAUUUUGAUUGUCACUCUAAAUAUACAGUGUAUAUGACUACACAAUAUGCAAAUGAAUCGUCGAAUGAUGUGAUACAGUUCUGCAUUGUUUGUAUUUGGAGUUUUAGGUUUAGGUCGUUUUAGCUCAAUAUUUUGAAAAUCCAUUUUAAAACCAGCGCGACAAAAUGAUACAAUUCAGUAAAAGCCAUUGCAAAAUAUCAUCCGUCCACCACAGUUAAAUCAAUACUUAUUGAAAAAUGUUAGAAAUUCUCAUAUAAGUACAGUUGACAAAAUUUGUUACCAAAAGAGUCCUCAUUUCAAUGAUGUCCAGUGCCUCUAACGGCACUUCAGUUGCGUGUAGGGCAGUCGAAUUGGCUAUGUAGUGUAAUGCAAGACUUGGAAAUCAGGGCUCGUUACAAUAUUAUUAAUAUUAAAAGAAGAGUCCCGUGUAUAACUGCCAAACAUCUGCCAAGCUAAAAAUUCAUGGAGGCUCUAUACAUUAGACACUGUUUUUUCGACUUAAUCCACUAUCAUUGUUUGAGAAAUCACUCAUAUUGGUAACAUGUACCUGGCAAUUAUAGGUACAUUUAAAUUCAUGUAACGUGCCACGUGUAACGUUCUUUCUUUCAUUUGCUGUAUUUAAAGCAUUUGUUAGAGAGUGCUGAGAAAUCAAAAAAAUGUAAUUUUAGGAUCACUUUGGAAGUUACUGUAUUUCAUGAGGAUUUCAUUAGUGGGUUGAUCAGGCCAAUUUUCAAGUUUUAAGCGAACCAACCUCAAGAAUGCUCCAAUACUACUUCGUUAUUGCCACUUUUAAGUUUCACAAAUACAGACAUUCAAGUUACUUCCAUUAAAAAUUUAACUAGUGAAUUGUACUGCUGUUGCUGUCUGUUAAGUUAGGUUAACACAAACCCUGUCUUGCCACAAAACUAACGCAUCAAAGAGCCAUUUAUCAAAUUAAUGAAUUAGAGUCCCAUGAGACUCAGUUUUGGUCAGUUUCAAUUUCGUAAGCACUUACUGAAAUAGAUUGUGGUUGUAUUGAAAUUAGAUCAGGCUGAAAUCAGAAAAUUAUUCGUUUAGAAGAAAGAUGUUGAUUUAACAAGAUUUAUCCAUUUCUUUUAAUGCUAUCAUUUUGUUUUAGUUUGCUGCUAAAAUGCGUGCCUUGUUUUUGAGUGUCAUUUUAAUUCGUCUAGAAUUUGUAGCUAUAGUUGUGUUUGUCUAGAUAAGUUUUGGACAGUGGCUGAAGUUCAUCAAAAUACCCAACCAGUCUUGCAUCAAAAAACUAAUAAAAUGCGUCCAUGUAAGUAAUAUGUCAAAAUGUUAAAUAAAAUUUAAAAAGAAACUUUGGAAGUAGUGGUCAUAUUGAUUACAAUCUAAAGUUUUGGUUAAAUAACUUCAAGGUAAUAAUUCUAGAAAACGUUCACAAGGAAUUAAAUUCUUUACAAAGCUGUGUUGAUACUACUAUUCAUAGAACGCUUAGUUGUUUAUAUACAAGAGUUGCAGGUACAAUCUAUAGAUUAUCUCUCUUGUAAAAUAUAUCGAGGAGUGUUUUUGUUUGAUAACGCCACACGACACAAUUAUGUCAUAUUGCGACAUUCCAGCAUUUCAUGAAGGAAAACCCUAGGUGCUCAUUCGAGCAUUAUUUCAAUAGGGCUAGCGCCUAGGUAGAACCACCAACCUUCAAUCAGACAGCUGGUAGGCUCCCUCUCAUGGCAAAUUCUAAGCGAGGUUUGACCUAGUCAUAGCUUCUGUUCCGUCUAAACAGCUGAUCGCAUGUAUUGACAUGCUGCCGUUUGACUGAGGCCCGAUAGGGGUAGCCGAAUUCAGAGCUCUAUGUAUAGAUCUAGGUUUGACCCACAUCGGUGAGGGACAAGUGAUUUUAAGUCGGCAAAACCUUAAGCACUCGGUCACGUAGGCCCCUAUCAAGAAAUAUAGUUGAAGACUAACUGUGAAUACUAAGUCACCACUGAUAAAAAAAU